CAUCUUCCCUCCCCCAGCUCUUUGGGGGCGGUGUCCUCGAACUCCUCUGCAGCCCGGCUGGGCGCUCUAGGCUACAGCAGGCCCUUCAAAAAGCCUUCUCAACUCGCUGGUUUCCGGUACCGGUGGCUCCUCUAGCCUUCAUCAGGGCCUCGGGAUUCUAUUCCCCUAAGGCGCAACUGGAGAAGUCACUGAGCCCUCCGAGACUCCCACCUUCUCAGCUCUGGAAAGGUGGCACGGAGUGGGAGGAUGGCGGAACUGCUGCCGCUCACCCUGUGUCUUCUGGCCGCUUCCCUCUUUGCUGCCCCUCCCCACAGGCUCCCCCUCUCCACCUCCUGGGGGCCAUCAUGAAUGGUGCCCCUUCCCCGGAGGAUGGGGCCUCGCCCUCCCCUCCCCCCUUGCCCCCACCCCCUCCCCCGAGUUGGCGGGAGUUCUGCGAGUCCCACGCCCGGGCGGCUGCCCUGGAUUUUGCACGCCGUUUUCGCCUCUACCUGGCCUCCCACCCCCAAUACGCAGGGCCUGGGGCCGAGGCUGCCUUCUCCCGCCGUUUUGCUGAGCUCUUCCUGCAGCACUUUGAAGCUGAGGUGGCCCGGGCCUCCGGCUCCCUCUCGCCACCCAUCCUGGCUCCUCUGAGUCCUGGUGUGGAGAUCCCGCCACAGGACCUGUCCCUUGAGAGCUGCAGGGUGGGCGGGCCCCUGGCUGUGCUGGGCCCUUCUCGAUCAUCUGAGGACCUGGCCGGCCCCCUCCCUUCCUCAGUCUCUUCCUCUUCUACAACCUCCUCGAAGCCGAAGCUAAAGAAACGCUUCUCCCUCCGCUCAGUGGGUCGCUCGGUCCGUGGUUCAGUCCGCGGCAUCCUGCAGUGGCGGGGGACUGUUGACCCUCCCUCCCCAGCGGGGCCCCUAGAGACCUCAUCGGGCCCCCCAGUGUUAGGUGGAAACAGCAAUUCCAACUCCUCUGGUGGGGCUGGGACCAUUGGUAGGGGACUGGUUAGCGAUGGAACAUCCCCUGGGGACAGAUGGACUCACCGUUUUGAGAGGUUGAGACUCAGCCGGGGAGGGGGGACCUUGAAGGAUGGAGGGGGCGUGGUGCAGAGGGAAGAGGUGCUGAGCUUCAUGGGGGCUGAAGAGGCAGCCCCUGACCCAGCUGGAGUGGGCCGGGGAGGAGGGGCAGCGGGGCCUACCUCAGGGGGAGGAGGGCAACCUCGGUGGCAGAAGUGUCGCUUGCUGCUUCGAAGUGAAGGAGAAGGAGGAGGAGGAAGUCGUCUGGAGUUCUUUGUACCACCCAAGGCGUCUCGGCCUCGACUUAGCAUUCCCUGCUCUACGAUCACCGAUGUGCGGACAACCACAGCCCUGGAGAUGCCUGACCGGGAGAACACGUUUGUGGUUAAGGUGGAAGGCCCCUCGGAGUAUAUCCUGGAGACAGCUGAUGCUCUACACGUGAAGGCCUGGGUGUCUGACAUCCAAGAAUGCCUGAGCCCAGGACCCUGCCCUGCUACCAGUCCCCGCCCCAUGACCCUCCCCCUGGCCCCUGGGACCUCAUUCCUGACAAGGGAGAACACAGACAGCCUGGAGCUGCCCUGCCUGAAUCACUCGGAGAGUCUGCCCAGCCAGGGGCUGCUGCUGGGGCCCAGCGAGAGCAGCGACCGCCUUUCGCAGGGGGCAUAUGGGGGCCUCUCAGACCGCCCCUCAGCGUCCAUCUCCCCCAGUUCCGCCUCCAUUGCCGCCUCCCAUUUUGACUCAAUGGAACUGCUUCCCCCAGAGUUGCCCCCCCGUAUCCCCAUUGAAGAGGGACCCCCAGCAGGGACAGUUCAUCCCCUCUCGGCCCCCUACCCACCCCUGGACACUCCGGAAACAGCCACAGGGUCGUUACUGUUCCAGGGAGAGCCAGAGGGAGGUGAGGGGGAUCAGCCCCUCUCAGGGUAUCCUUGGUUCCACGGGAUGCUCUCUCGACUCAAGGCUGCCCAGCUAGUGCUGGCUGGAGGUACCGGCUCCCAUGGCGUUUUCCUGGUACGUCAGAGUGAAACGAGACGGGGUGAAUACGUACUCACUUUCAACUUCCAGGGCAAGGCCAAGCACCUGCGUCUCUCGCUGAAUGAGGAAGGUCAGUGCCGGGUUCAGCACCUGUGGUUCCAGUCCAUUUUUGAUAUGCUCGAGCAUUUCCGGAUGCACCCCAUCCCUCUGGAGUCUGGAGGCUCCAGUGACGUUGUCCUUGUCAGCUAUGUCGUGUCCUCCCAGCGACAGCAGGAACCGAGCACCUCCCAUGACCCACCCCAGCCCCCUGAACCCCCUUCAUGGACAGAUCCCCCACAUCCUGGGGCAGAAGAGGCGUCGGGGACGCCAGAAGUGGCGGCAGCAACAGCCGCAGCAGCCAAAGAGAGGCAAGAGAAAGAGAAAGCGGGCAGUGGAGGGGUCCAGGAAGAGCUGGUCCCCGUGGUUGAGCUGGUCCCCGUGGUUGAAAUGGAAGAGGCCAUAGCACCAGGCACGGAGGCCCAGGGAGGCGCUGGAUCUGGUGGGGCCCCCGGGGUAACCCUGAUGCUGCAGCUCCAGCAGUUACCACUAGGGGGCGAUGGAGAAGAAGGGGGCCAUCCCAGAGCCAUAAAUAACCAGUACUCCUUCGUGUGAGAUACCCUACCCCACCCUUUCUCCACUCUUCUUGCUCCCCAGCCCUCAGUUCGUGAGAUUGGGGCUGGGCAGGCACAUAGAGGAGCAGUGGGAAUCCCCUCCCCACAUGCUUCCUGACCCUUGACGGCUAAGGGCAUAUAUGUUGGUACAAAAAGGUUCAAGAGCCCUGCUAACUCCCUAGUUCAUACACUACAGGUGCCCCAUCCCCUGGGCAGGGGGUUCAGGCUCCAUUACCUCCCCAAGGGGCUCUUAUGGUCAGCCCCAUCCCUGGGGGCCAUUUCCCCAUUAACCACUCCUCAGCCCAAGGAAGGGUGAGGGGGAAGGGCUGUCAGUUACAUUAAGGUGGUUGUUCUUGUUGUUUUAAACAAAAUGGAGAAGCAUAAAUAAAUAAAAGGGUUUAUCUCAGUUCCA